AUGUUUCGGCAUAGCUUUCAGCAUAGAUUUGUUACGGUGUACAGCAGUGCCGGAAGCAAACCGCUGACCAUCUGGGACGUGCAUACGAAAAAUGGACACACCAGGCGUUUGACCGACGAAGAUCUCAACUCACUGGUCUUCGAGCUGAUCGGCGUCAAUGUGGCCACGACCUUCAUGGUAGCGCCCUGCGCCCCGUGUCCGUCACUUAGUAUCAAACUUCCGUUUUUGGUAAUGUUGUUGAAAAAUUUGAAAAAGUUCUUCUCCUUUGAGAUUACGAUCCUUGACGACCGCCAAUCGCUUCGUAGGCUCCGCUUGUCGAACUAUCAAAGCGAAACCCGGGUGCAUUGCUUUGGCAUUGCGAUGCCUCUAUCGCUGGAACCCAACUGGAACGAUGUUCGGUUGAAUCUGGCAGAUUUGACUCGACGCGCCUAUGGAACGAACUAUGUUGAAGCGGUUCGCAUCCAGAUUCAUGCCAACGUGCGAAUCAAAUGUAUUUACUUCAGCGACCAAUUGUACACGAACGAGGAAACGCCAGCCGACUUACGCCUCGUGCGACCGUUAAAACCGUCUCGAGCUCAUCAUCCUAGGACCAAAAUGGGCAAAAUUCCAGACGAACCUAUUGAAAUGGUCCGACCUCCUAGCCCUGAGCUUCAGCGGGAACCUGAGAAUAUUGCGACUGAACCGGAAGCCAUACGUCCUCCAACACCCGAGGUUACUCCUCCGACCGCUGAGACUGCGGCACCAACUGAAACCGUUGAAACGGCAGAAAUAGCGGAAACUGCAUGA